GUCACCUGGAGAAAAUAUAAAACAGGUCUGGCAUGAGUAAAGGCGUUGGGUCCUGCUGAGUAGGCGAACAUUCACACUUAUACCUUCAGUGUUUGAACACACAGAGAUGAGACUCGUGGCUCUGGUGGUGGUGUGCGGGCUGAUUGUUGGUCAGGAUGGAGGCAGCGUGGGAGCAGCUCUGCCAGGAUUUGACUCUGCACAGAGGACACAUGUGACAGGUGGGAGCUCCUCAGGAUCUGUCCUCUCAGCACUCAGGAGGAGCAGCGCAGGAGAGUUUUUGGCGGAGGAUUCCAAUCCCUGUUUCUCCCUGAGAGAGAAUGAAGACCAGCGGCAGCUCCUGUGCAACGACCGCAGAAGUAAAUUCAACUUCAACCCGUUCGGCCUGCGCUUUGGGAAACGCUACAAUGGCUACAUUUACAGGAGAGCAGUUAAAACAGCCAGGACAAAUAAGUUUCCCACCCUUUCUCUCUUCUCUAGAGAACUGGAUGAGCACUGAUACUUCUGUGAAUAAAACUUUUGUACCAACCUUCACUGUGAAAUGAUUUAAAAUCUUUAACAGUUUACUCAAUUUUCUCUUCAUCCUUUCAGUAUGAAACAAAUCCAACAAACAGUCCAGUAGACUCACGAUGAAGGAGAGGCUUCCUUCAUUUCACAAGUAAAGCACUCUAUGGUAACAUUAAAAAAGGUCUAUUUUCUGCAACCAUAAGGUGGCACCACAGACAGCAGACAGAAAUCCAUCAACGGAAUGACUGAAGAUUAUUUUAAAUAUACAUAUUUUCUUUAUUAAAACAAAACUACAAAUGAAAUAAAAGUUGACUCACCUCUUAAUGACUUACUAAUAUAGGCUCUGUAACACUCUGUGGUGUGGCUGAAGGCAUUUAUGUAUCAUGUUUGAUUCUGUCAAAGACUUCGAAAACUGUGCUUUGUUAAUGUGAAAAUCACCCAGUAAGUGAAUGAAAUUUCAAAUAAAAGACAGAGUAAAUGUGACAUUUAAACUCAGUCAUGGCAUAUUACAAAUAUUGUGUUAUUGAUAAUAAAUCAUUGCUUAUGAGUCUCAGUGCCACAUCAGGAAAUGUAUUCUUCUGUCAAUUAAACUGAAAUAUUUCAAAUCAGAUGUGUUUCAGCAGUAGCAGAUCAUUUUCCUUUAGCUAAACUUCUGUGCUCACAUGUUUGGACCUUUACAGAUUUAAUUACACUAAUUUUUGAGCAGGGAUCUAAUUACCAACAUUAUUCUAACUCUGAUAUAUUUGCAUGUAGUAAUUGCAUUAGAUACAUAAAUCAAAUUGCUGUAUUUCACUGUGAACAGUUAAGUAAAUAAUCAGUUAACGAGGUGAAGAUUCUCAUCAAACCUCUCAGUAACAGAGAUUAUCACCCUUGUAUUGCAGUGUUCUUUUACAUGUGUUUAGCUACAUAUCACAACUACCAGAUGUUUCUAGCAAGACUGUAAUUUACAACACCUGUCCACGACCCUUUGAGUCAGUCAGACCUGUAGUGCUCUCUCUCCCCUCCUGCAGCAGCAGUCAUCAACAUGUGAUUCAUCUCUUAACAGGUGUCAGCAUGAACAUGAAAAGUGGGAAUUUUGAGUAAUUCUAAUGAAAUAAAACACUGUCACAGACACACACACACACACACACACACACACACACUAUCCUUCAUGACGUUCAAAUUUAUUAAGUUACACAUUGCUGUAUCCAACACAGUUUACAACACAGGGUCAGAUGGUCACAACUGUUGUUUGGAUAAACAAUUUGAGCUGGACGUUUCCACUCUUCCCUGCUGCUCCUUCUCCCUUUGCCUUAACACUGAGAUGAAGAAAAAUCCACCCCCAAACUCACAAUGUCACAGUGUGACAGCCGGCUGUCUGCCAGGCAGACUGUAGAGUACCACAUUUUGAUGAAGGCAGGAGGGAAACAGUGUCCUGGAGGAUUGUUCAGGGCUUGCUCUGCAGGGGAACUACAGCUGGACUCAGAACAGUGAGUGGUGGAGGAUAGUCAAAUUUUGGUUCUCUGAGGGUUGUGUUUGAUCCAAACAGCUUAAACACAAGAAUCCAUAAAGAGUACAC